GUGGGCCUGGGAGCGGGCCGGGGCCCAGUCGUCCCGCGUGGAGAUCGCGAGCCUGUGCCGGGCCCGGAGGCGACUCGCGGAGUCAUGGCAGACUACUGGAAGUCACAGCCAAAGAAAUUCUGUGAUUACUGCAAGUGCUGGAUAGCGGACAAUAGGCCUAGUGUUGAAUUUCAUGAAAGAGGAAAGAAUCAUAAGGAAAAUGUUGCAAAGAGGAUCAGUGAGAUUAAACAGAAAAGCUUGGAUAAGGCAAAGGAAGAAGAAAAAGCAUCAAAGGAGUUUGCAGCAAUGGAGGCAGCUGCCCUCAAAGCAUACCAAGAGGAUUUGAAAAGGCUUGGCUUAGAGUCAGAAAUUCCAGAGCCAAGCAUAUCACCAGUAACCAGCACUAUCCCACCACCCUCAGCAUCAAAGCAGCCAAAAGAAAAGAAAAAAAAGAAAAAAGAGCCUUCAAAGGGCAGAUGGGUGGAAGGCAUAUCCUCUGAGGGUUACCGUUACUAUUAUGAUCUUAUCACAGGAGCAUCUCAAUGGGAGAAGCCUGAAGGAUUUCAAGGAAACUUAAAAAAGACAACAGCGAAGUCCGUUUGGAUAGAAGGUUUAAGCGAAGAUGGUUAUACCUAUUACUAUAAUACAGAAACAGGGGAAUCCAGAUGGGAAAAACCUGAUGAUUUUAUUCCACACUCUGGCGAUCUUUCUAAUAAGGUCAACGAAAAGUUCCUUGGCACCCUAAAAGAGACCAAAUCAGAGUCGCAUAGUGAUUCAGAUAGGGAACGAGAACCAGAAAAAGAAGUCUCUACGAAAAAACAAAAGCUAAAAAUAAAGUUUAAGGAAAAAAAUAAGAAUAAUGAUAAAAGAACUGAACCUUUAUUACUAAAGAAUAAAGAAACACAGAAAGAAAAAAAAAUCCAAGAACAGAAUUCAUCAGGUCCAAAAGAAGAAAAACCCAAAGUUCAUAAAAAAUCAAAUCCAUAUGGAGAAUGGCAAGAAAUUAAACAAGAAGUUGAAUCUCAUGAAGAGGUAGAUUUGGAACUUCCAAGCACUGAAAAUGAGUAUGUAUCAACUUCAGAAGCUGAUAUUGGUGGGGAACCCAAAGUGGUAUUUAAAGAAAAAACAGUCACUUCUCUUGGAGUCAUGGCAGAUGGAGUCGCCCCAGUCUUCAAAAAGAGAAGAAUUGAAAAUGGAAAGUCUAGAAAUUUAAGACAACGGGGUGAUGAUCAAUAAUUAUAAGAGCAUUUUCUAUGUGCUUUUUGGACAGAAUGAAGACAAUACAUCUUAAAACUCCUAUGUUUGUUUCUGAAUACUUUGAUGCGAAAAAUUUAGAUUUAUUCUAAAUGUAUUUUAUGUGAAUUAAAAAUAAACCUUUUUUUCAUGUGAAAUUUAUUUUUGUUCCUAAAAUGGAAACCUAACCACAUUGCAUUGUAAUACAGUGUAUUAUAUUCAGUGUCUAAAAAUUGCUACUUCUGUCAAAAAUUAAGAUGCUAUGUAUCUGUUAUUUAAAACAUGGAAAAGCAAGACCUUUGUUCCAUUCUUACUCAUAUGAACAUAGUUAGGUUGCACUAAAAAUGAAUUAUUUUACAUUUUGGUAUUAGCUGUUACCCAAGAAUUAAGAAUCAGAUCAUCUAGGAGUGACAACACAGUGGUGAUUCUGUUUCGAGGAUUGUCAGAGGCUGAUGUAGAAAGUAUAUGUGUAGUAGCAUACCUUACUCAUUUUAUGAUCAAGGGUCAAGAACUAGGACUGCAAUGCAGGUCCUUCAAAUGUGGUACUUUAUAUGGAAUGAAAGCUUCACCAAAGGUAGAAAUAUGUAUUUGUCCAAUUCAACUCAAAGUAACAACUGCUUUAAGUAUUUUUACUUUGAACUAGGUAUUAUGCUAGAAACUACGAAUACAAAUACAGCAUAUCACUAAUUCUUCAUCACUUCAUACUCUAACAGCAAUUCAUUCCAUUCAGCAGCCUUAUAAUAUCCUGGAAAAAUAUUUUUUAAGGUUUAUUUGAAGCCAUAUAGGUGUAGACUUGAACAAAAAUAGUUAAGUUCUCUGACUUCAAUAAAUGUUUUUAGUGUUUCCUUAGGCAAAUUGUAAAUGUCCUGUUUCCUGAAUAAUUUCUCAGAGAGUAGAAGUUUGUUAUGUAAUUCAUUUGAAAUUGGUACUUUAUUACUGCAGAUUCUUAAAAUUAUAUUUUUAUACAUUGUACAGUAUUUAACAUUGGUGGUAAAUAUUUGUCUUUUAAAGGUUGCUAGUAUACAUGCAAGAAACUGAUAGCUUAUUAAAAGCAUUAUAAAAAUAAUUUGUUUUUUUUUCCUUGUGUUGGUCAGACAACUUUGCAUUAGUGAGUUAGUAUU